AUGAAAGAAAAGUACACAGAAAAAUGUCAAUGGACGCAAGCAAAUCGCUCGAGUCGUAAUUUUCCAAUUAAAUUUUUACGUUUUCGGGUGAUAAUUUUUUACUAAAUUGCCGUGAAAAGUGUUUUAAGAUGUCCGCUGUUGGAUUUUGCAUUUAGUAAUGUGCGAAAAUUUCUCCGUGGUUGGUCGGAAUCCGUGAAAAACAUAAGAAAGAAAGAAAAAGUGUCAAGUGUCUCCCCCACAAAUGAAUUCGGGACGCGAUUUUCCGGAGCAAAAGCAGUUGUGCAAGCGCUAAGAUUUCGGGAGGGGGGAGUGCUGAUAAAACCAAGACGAAUCUGUUUCCCCACCCACUAGAGGAGGAUUAGAGUAAACACAACGCACAAGAUGCAGCGAAGAUCCCGACCGAAACGACAAACGCUGGCAUUGUUCCUUGUGUUGAUGGCGUUAAUUGAAACCACACCCGGCCGGGUUUUGGCGACGGCGGCCGCGGCAUCAGUAUCAGCAGGUGGUCCGCCUUCCUCCGCCGUUGAAGAUUGGGACGAUCCGGUGGAGGAGGAGGAGGGUUAUUGUGCGCCGUACAACGGGAAGGUUUGCAAGUCGUUUGUCAACAGUCGACAGGUUUGGUACAGCCGGGAGGACGGGACCGGUGGGUGGGAGAACGAGAAGAUUACGGCCGCUUUGUUUCGGGAUUUGAUCACGGAUCUGCCGGAUUAUUGCCGACCGGCGGCGGAGAAAAUGCUUUGUGCGUACGCGUUUCCCCAGUGCGUCAUCAAGGACGGAGUGACGAUUCGGUUGCCGCUGUGCUACGAAGAUUGCGUGGCUACGCACUUGCAGUUUUGCUACAACGACUGGGCGCUGAUAGAGGAGAAGAAGGAGCGGGGCGAUGUUAUCAAAUCGCGGGGUCACUUCCGGUUGCCAAACUGCGAGGAGUUGCCGAGGCACAACAAGAGCGCAAGGCCGCCAACGUGUUCCCACGUCGGGUUGACCGAGCUGAUUCAAGAGGAGGCCACUUAUGAUUGCCGGAUGGGCAACGGGCGGUACUACAUCGGAACGGUGAACGUCACGGCAACGGGCAUUCCGUGCCAAAAGUGGGACUCGCAGGAACCGCACUCGCACCACAAGCCGCCGCUCGUGUUCGGGGAGCUGCAGGACGCGGAAAACUUUUGUCGGAAUGCCGGCGGUGAGGAGCCGACGCCGUGGUGCUACACGACGGACAAGGCCGUGCGCUGGCAGGCUUGCGACAUUCCGCUGUGUCCGAAUUCGACCGACAUGAUUUCUACUAAGAAGCCGGUAAGUAUCGUGAUGGAGUCGGUGUUUACGCCGUCCAUGAUUUUCCUGCUGUCCGGGAUUGGCUUCGUGGCCAUCGUGCUGCUCCACCUGAUGGUGUUUCUGUGCUAUCGGAUUGCGAGGCACAACAACAAUCGCCGGCAGGGCACGGCCGGCUACAAUACGGCGUCCACGCAGGACACGCAAGGAAUUGACAUCAACAAACUGCCCAGCAAUGUAAACUAUCAUAGAACAGGGGCGCAGCUCAAUCCGAAGCUGGAGAAGCUCGAGUUCCCCAGGAAUAACAUAAUUUACAUUAAGGACUUGGGCCAAGGCGCGUUUGGACGGGUUUUCCAAGCGAAGGCGCCUGGACUGAUCGCGGGGGAAGAUUUCACGUUGGUAGCUGUAAAAAUGCUCAAAGACGAAGCUAGUCAAGACUUGCAGGUUGAUUUUGAGCGCGAGGCGUGUCUGCUCGCCGAGUUUGACCAUCCAAACAUUGUCAAGCUGCUCGGAGUGUGCGCCUUGGGACGGCCCAUGUGCUUGCUGUUUGAGUUUAUGGCGCGUGGCGAUCUGAACGAGUUCCUGCGCCAAUGCUCGCCCUUUGCCCAGCAGAACCGUGCCGACAGCAUCAGCACAGAGCUGUCCCACGGCGACCUCCUAAACAUCGCGUUCCAAAUAGCAUCCGGAAUGGUGUAUCUUUCCGAGCGCAAGUUUGUCCACCGCGACUUGGCCACCCGAAACUGUCUCAUCGAUGACAACAUGGUCGUAAAAAUUGCCGAUUUUGGCCUGUCGCACAAAAUCUACCUUCAGGACUACUACAAAGGCGACGAAAACGAUGCCAUUCCGAUUCGCUGGAUGCCGCUCGAGUCGAUCCUCUACAACAAGUACACCAUCGAGUCGGACGUUUGGGCGUACGGCGUUUGCCUCUGGGAGAUAUUCUCGUUCGCGAUGCAACCCUACUACGGGAUGACCCACGAAGAGGUGGUCAAAUUUGUCAAGGAGGGAAACAUGCUGUCCUGUCCGGAGAACACGCCACUGACGGUGUACGAUCUGAUGCGAAAGUGCUGGAGCCGGAAACCGGCGGAUCGUCCCAGCUUUCCGCUGAUUUACCAAAAAAUCCAUCAGAUUAGGGCGGACUUUGAUGGGAAAAUGUUGAUGUAGUCCCGCUAAGAAAAAGACUUUACACGGCGUGUGUGUGUGCCCAUAAUCAAGUACUGCCACUUUCUCGUAUCUUUCGCAUGGUGCGUUGCUUAACGUACAAUGUAGAAACUCUUAUUUGUAAGAAAUCUUAAGAACUGGUUCGACUGAUUUUACGAUUUAUUCUAGUUUUAGUUUUGUUAAACGUUUUAACAGUCCAUUUACAACUAAUUUACAUUCAAACUCAAGCAUUUCUCUAGAAUUUCGACAAUAUUUUUUGUUUAUAUUUGGAUCAAAAAUUGUUUAUGCAUUCCCUAUGUCAGAAAAGCCAUUUAACUUUGACGUUUUCUUUUUUUCAUUUUUGUCGUUUUUUUUUUUCAACAAGCCUAUGAAAAACCUUCUUUAAAUCCAUUCUUACUAAAUCCAUUGCGAAAACUUUCUGUAUGUAGUUGGUAACGCCUAAUGGCUUACAAAUCUGACCCAUCAACGAAAGCUUUUGGAAAGAUUCUUUCCAAAAAUACUCGCUAGAGUUAUCUGAAAAUCAAGCUUUUUUUACAAUAAUCAAAAAAUUGUUUUGCCAAAGCCGAAAAAAUCUGGAGCAACAUUUGAAACUAUUAUGGCAAUUCCGAGCCAAGAGGUAACAGUUUAACAAAACUCGCAGUGUUAUAAGAUAGCUUGGGAAAGCCAGCUAUUGUUUUACAUUGCGAGUUUUGUAAAAAAGUUACCUGUUGGCUCGUAAUUUACAAAAUAGUUGGUGCAAAACAGUUGUCAAAAUGCUUAAGCGCCCUUUUCUCGUGCUACUGCAGAAAUCAAGUGCUAUCAGCAUCAUCAUCGACCCGACACCGUUGAAUGUGAUAGCGACCAUUCGUUGCCACACACACGAAGUUGACACAAAAGAACACCGAGCUAAGCACUCAAAUAUCCUGUCUCUCUCUUGCUUGUGCAGUGAAGUCUUUCGACAACAAUCAUUUGAAAGCGGUCAUGCAUUUAUGUAAAUUAUAUAAGGUAAGACGGAUUUUGCAGCUGUUCAAAAAAAUUUAGCGCAAAAACAAGAUUUUAUAUAGAUAUUUUCAAAAAAAAAUUUGGUAAUUUUACGGGCAAGUUUUGUCCGAUUUUUUCUGUAGACUUCUUUGACAUGCGAAAUGCAACAAAAAAAAACCUUUUUUAAACGGUUUUUUUUCGAAAAAAAUAAUUCCAGUUUAAAGCGUUUUUUUCCGUUUGGCAUGCUAAACAACUCUACACUCAAAAUCAGAAAUACCCCUCAAAAAGGGUUCCAUCAACCUUUUAUCUGUCAACACAAGGAAAACAAACCCUUUUUGAGGGUUACUUCCACCCUUUUUUUCAAGUUUACCGGUAGUAACCCUUUGCAAAAGGAUAACGACGGGUAAACUUGAAAAAAAAGGGUGAAAGUAACCUUCAAAAAGGGUUUAUUUUCCUUGUGUUGACAGAUAAAAGGUUGAUGGAACCCUUUUUGAGGGGUAUUUCUGAUUUUGAGUGUACAGAAAAAAAUUCGGUAAAACUUGCCCGGAAAUGCAAUUAUUGUGGAAAACCCCCUUACCUCAUCAAAUCUACAUGCCUUGGCGGUCAUGGGCAAUGUGAUAUGAAUCUCGCUGGAAAUCUUUGAAAAAAGGUUUUAUCAUUUCUGUCCCAAAAAUGGCUCCUUAUGACAAAGGAAAUUUAUAAAGAUUUUAUCCAAAUACAAAGUUAUAAAAAAAAGAAAAAUGUUAUUCUUUGCGAAUAAUUGAGAACCUUUUAUUUAAAAUUUUAACAAGAUCCCAAUUUGAUGAAAUGAUUUUAAAAUGUAGUAUUAUCGACCUUGUUGUAUUAUAUUUUCAUCAUAUUUUACCAACGUUCUUAGGUGCCAAGUCACUAAUAUAAUCACCUUUAUUUCAUAAAA